UGUUCCAGCGAAUGUGGCUUCGGGCAGAGAACUCGUGACGUCACUUGCGUGGACACGGAAGAGUCAGAGGUCAGUGUACGUCUGUGCAGCGCUCAGGUGAAGCCUUCGGUGGAAGAGAUCUGUGAUAUGGGAUCGUGUGCUCAGGGAUGGUUCCACACCAAGUGGUCAAAAGAGUGUUCCGUGGAAUGUGGUCGGGGUCACUAUGUCCGCCAGGUCUACUGCUCGGCAGCUGAUGGCUCGCCCCUGGCCGAGCACAAGUGUGGCGGGAAAGACAGCAAGCCAAAGGAGAAGAAGAAGUGCAAGAGCAGUAAGCCGUGUGGUGGUCUGUGGUUCGCGGGACCCUGGUCUAAGUGCAACUCCACCUGUGGCUCUGAUGCCUACCGCGAGAGGGAGGUCCUUUGUGUAAAACGUCAUGGGAAAAGGCUGAACCAUGUGGUCAAGGGACAUAACUGCGAGAAAGAGAAGAAACCUCAAAGUCGAGAGUGGUGCGGUCCCCUGGCAACAUGUAAACCACAGUGGUACAUGACGGCCUGGUCUGAGUGCAGCAAGUCUUGUGGCACAGGGGUCAGAACGCGAGAGGCUAAGUGUCUGGACUCUACACUGACAGCCAGCCCUGACUGCGACAAAUCCCACAAGCCCAACAGACGACAGUCAUGUAACAAGCAACCCUGCCCAGAUGGAUUUGCAGAGUUCUCAGAGACGCCAGCGGCUUCUCAGAAUGAGGCUUUACAAAUGGAUGGUUCGUCGGCUGCCAGCAAAGUUGAUGACGUGAGUGAGUGCAGUGACCAGCAGAGCUCUAGUUGGUGCUACAUGGCCAGCCAGGCACGACUCUGCACCAUUCCAUACUACAAGGAUAUGUGCUGUCUAACGUGCCGGAAAAUGUUACCCAAGCCCCACUGAUGCACUGUUGGCAGAAGUUAGCACAUAUUAUUUGUAGACAUGAAUGUUUCUUUAUAACGAUUAGUUAUAAUUGUUGACUGCGCACCACAUGACUGUUUCAGGGAGGAGUGCAUUGAUUGAUAGUGAUGUUGGCACGUACCGUGCAGGGCCUACUUGGCGUGGUUUGUGUCUGAGGGCAGAGGGGAACUGGACGCACAAAGGUACAUGUAUCUGGAACUUUGAAUGGGGGGGGAGAGAAAAUUACUGAGUAAGUGAAAAUUAUAACCAUAUCGACCUGACACGGAAAUUAAAUCAUUUUAAAGAGUCAUUCAAUUUGAAGUGCAUAUGUGGUAUGCAUAUUAUGCCAAAAAAUGUAUUGCGCCCACCCCCAUCCCCCUUUCCCCCACAAGCCUACUGUUUUAUAAACCACGUGGGUUGAGCAUCCUUCUGAUCGUGAGUUUGGGAUGCUGUCUUCUUUUAUAAUGUCCCAAAGCUGAAAGGCCAGACAAUGGUCUUUGUUGAAGUUUAUGCACAUGCUCCCGGUAGCAGCAUGGGGCUAAUGUAUAGUAUAUCUUUAUGUCCGUAUGAGAUGCUGUUUGAAAUUAUGCUUCCUGUAUGGAAGACUUAAGUCCCUAUGCGUGAAGGAUGGCUGUUGUUUGAGGCUGGAUGACGGGUGGUAUUAUUCUAAAGGUGAUGAUUGCUUCAGGGGAGGACCAAAAUGUUCAUGACUUUGGUAACGACAUCUGAAGUAGUCAAAACAAUGACUAGGGACCGCGAUAAGUACAAAGGUAAUAAUGAUGAAA